AUGGAUUGUUGGAAGAAGAACAAGAAGUCACGGGUGGUUGUUAAGAAACAAAGUUUGGUCCAAGAAGGUGGGAGAGAGGAGAUAUUGUUAGAAGAGCUCAUCAAAUGUUGUGAUGGAAAGUCCAAUCCAAUCAAAUUCUUCUCUGCUGAUCAAAUCUUGAAAGCCACCAAGAGUUUCAGCAAGUGUAGUCUUGUUCUUGAACUAUUUGAUCAUGAGAGAUGGUAUUCAGGUACGCUAGAUAACCAUCGCAAGAUACUCGUCAAGAAGUUGUGGCGCACACAAGCUUCUAAUCCUCAAGGCUUUUUCCCCGAGGUCCGUGACAUAGCGAUAUCAUCGAUGGUGAGUGGUCACAAAAAUUUCGUGAAAUUAGUUGGAUGUUGCCUUGAGACUGAGGUUCCAGUCAUGGUAUACUAUGUCGAAAGGAAACAAUAUUGUCGUAUAGAUCUAGAGAAGAUAGUGUCGUGGGAAAAGAGGGUGAAGAUAGCAGAGGAGAUUGCAACUGCUUUAGCUUAUCUUCACACUGCCUUCUCAAGGCCCUUUGUAUAUAGUAACAUGGACAUUCGUAAUAUCUUUUUGGACGAAGAUGGUGUUGCGAAACUCGGUGAUUUCUCAAACUGUGUCUCAAUUCCACGAGGAGAAACAUACGUCAAGCUUGGUUACGUAAGGGGAGCUUAUGAUUACAUCGAUGAUGAUUAUAUGAAUAGUGGUGUGGUUUCACAGAAAACUGAUGCGUUUGGUUUUGGAGUUCUCAUGCAAAAGCUUCUUACAGGAGAAGAAAGAUUUCGUGAGCUUUAUGGUCGGAAGAAUUGGAAAACUUUGUCAAAAAGGAGAUUUCCAAGAUGUUUGUCAAGAUCAAUUGAAGAGGGCAGAUUUGAUGAGAUCGUAGACUCAAAUAUGUUAGGGAAAAUCGGUGAAGAUGCAGAAAAAGAGCGUUUUCAAAUGGAAGCUUUCCUUGUCCUCUCAGAAAGAUGCAUCGGUGUUAGAGGAGAAGUUCCAAACAUGGUGCAAGUGGUCAAGGAGCUAAAGAGAUACCCCUCAUCUUCUUUUGUAUUAUAA